GGCACACGUGCGGCGGGAUUCGUUUGUUUUUGUUUCUGGUCAGGAUUGAAGUUCUCCGAAAGGACCCUCGAGGAUUUACCUCCAGCCAUGGCCAGUCAGAAACUGGAGUACGAUGCGGCGUUAGGCGGAAAAGUGACGCUGCCCACGCAUGUAACCACAUAUCAUUAUGCGGCCGGAGCGCUUCAGGAGAUUAAGAGCCUAAUAGAGGAGGCUACGCAGCCGUCCCAAAGAAACUGCAAGCUCAUCUUCCAGACUCUUCCUAAGCAUAUGCGCCGGCGGGCAAUGUCGCACCACCCUAAGCGACUGCCAAGAAAAUACCGCCAGGCGCACAAAUCCCAAAUGGGGAAAAGCGGCAAUGAUCCCGUGAACACUAAGCGUCCCUCUAGGAAGUACCGUCGCCGGCCAAAGAAUCUACUUAAUGAGUACGUUCGCCGGCAGCGAAAAAACAUUUGGCUGGAGACUCAUAUCUGGCACGCGAAGCGUUUUCAUAUGGUGGAUCGCUGGGGUCAUCGUUUGCCCCUCGCCAGUUGUGAUAAAACCUACCGCGCCUGCUACCGUGCCAGUGCCCAGCACUGUUUGCUUCAGGACAUCUCUUUCUAUUGGUGCUUAGAGCUGCGUGGUAGUUUGGAGGUCUUGCGUCAGGGUUUCGCUCGUCUGACCAGUCCUGAGUGUGGCUUGGGCAUUACCGCCAAGACCUUCAUUACUGGUCGGCGCGAGGGGUGUGUGGAGCUCUUCGAGGAUAGUCAGUACCCGCACGGCGCUAUCCAGAAAGCCAGAUUUCUGUGGCGUCCCGAAACCGAGGGUCAGCCAGAACGCACUCUCUGGCUUUGGGUGCAUCCCAGCGCGGCUCAGACUACCCUGGAACAGCUCCUUAAGGUCUUUCAACUGAAGCAUAGCAAGCAGAAAACACUGCAAUUAGAGGAGGAGAUGGAGAUGGACCAGCCUCUCACAAGGACAGCCUCUCCUUGUCUGGACAAGGAAACCCAAGACCAAGAUCAGAAACUUAGUAAAAAACGAACCUCGGAGAAACCGCUACGUUUCUGGACGCUUACCAAGGCUUUCGAACGAUAUCCCGCUUAUGCGAGCUUGGAUAACUCAGUACACUUGCUGGUCCUCCAAAAGGAGUUCAAUCGCUUCCGACUGACAGGACCCAGGGCUCAAAGUGUGUUGGCAGCCAGCUUGCGCCCGCAUCAAGACAACCCUCCAGAGCUCCAGCCCCAGUCUGACUACGUCCAGGCAGCCCUGCAACUAUACUCACCGAGCGAAUUGCUUUCCAAUUUGGUUAUGGGCGUCCAAGUAGCAGAUCCUCGCUUGCAGCGUCCAAAAAAACGGACGAAAGCCGAGCCCGCCGAAACACAACGUCCUUCUGCUGAAGAUUUGCUGGUGAACCAGCCGAAGACCUUGCCGGAUAGUCCUUUGUGGCUGUUGCAGGAACGGGAGCGCUUGUCCAAGAGUAUCAUGUCCACGGAGAACUACGAGAAGUUGCGCCAGCAGCAUGCCAUCGUUCCGGGAGCACCAUGUGCGUUCGAGGCGAAGAUGCAGAAGGUUCCACUGCUCCUGAUACAGCGACCAGGAUCCCAGGAUGCCAGCUACAAGAGACUAGGCUACGGCUGUGGCUGGGAUGUGAUUGCUCCGGCAGGAUAUGGUAUGAUUCUGUGGCUGACGUUGAAUAUGUGGGGUGCGCGCCCUGGUGGACUGCGGGAACUGGAUUCGGUCGCCAGGGAGGCGGGGGCCGAGAUGCAUCUGCCGGAUACGAUAGCUGGAGUCCAAGAAGCCAAUGUUUUGGGAGAUGAGCAGCGGGCAAGGUACUUCCGGUUACCUCCAAACAAGCGCACCAAUUACCGGAAGUUGGCUGUCGUCAGUCCGUUUAAGGCUCCCUGGAAGCAGCUGGUCAGGGAUUGGCACGAUGGUUCCUUUGCUGGGUCCUUCUAUGUACUGCGGCAUCGCCAGCAGCUGGAGGGGAUAGCGGAUAGUUUGAGGCAACGAAGGCCCCUUCCGGAACCAUUGCCACAAGCAGCUCUUAUCCAAAUCCAAUUGCGGCUUUCGGCCCGAGGUCAUGUUAAGGCCAACGCCCUUAUUUGCCUGCCCUCCACGACGGAUUACCGCAACCGCUGGCGGCAGAUAAAGCGGAAUGAUCAGGCUCCCAUUCAUGUGGAACCUCCUCAGCCGGACCUCAAUGAACCAAUCCGAAAGCAACUGCGGCACAGACACAAGCUGAUGCUGAAACGUCUGAGGGGACGCCGACUGCGAGAGAAGCGCCGCCUCCAGGAAACAGCCACCAAACGCGUCCACAUACGCCCGGCCAACACGGCCGGUUUGGUGCGCAGCCAGCUCCAGGAGAUGUGCCGUCUAUGGCUGCCCAACGAUCCGACCGAGACCCGGGACAGCGUGCGCCGGCAGUGCAGUCGGGAAGUCUUCGGCUACGUGUCUUCUGCCGGCUUUAGCUUCACAGAAGCUACAGUAUGCGCCGUGGGCUAUGUGACUCCUGGGGGCUUGCAACAGCUGCUGCAGGACCUGCCCCAAACCACCAACAGAAACCAGGGGCGGCAGCCACUCAUGUGCCUUCUCCGGGAUCCUGAUAGCAGGGACUAUCGGUGGGCCAGCUUCCAAGUGAACUUGGACGUGGCCACUCAAGCUCCUUGAGACGGAUGCGCUUCUAGCCAAAUUAUUUUUAAGAACGUUUUUGUUUUAACUAUAAGUUUAAGUCGAAGAUGCGGAGACCUCAACCACUUCCCCAAUAAAUAAGAAAUCAACUUGAUUUUUGUUGUACAUAUUUAA